AUGGUUCCGGCUCCGAUGAGUACGAGUCCAAAAUUUCUGUUUGUUGGCGUCGUCAACACCAUUCGGUCUCCCCAAAAGUCAACCUCAGCAGCUCAUGAUCCUAAUCGCCCUGAUCCAGAAACUUCUAACCAAACUGAACAAGCAAACACCUUUGCUCUGCCCUCAUUGUCCCCUGGGCCUCCCAUUGUUUACGACCCUUCCGGACCAGAUGGCAUCGACGGGUUCCUAGACUACUGUUCCUUGCCUCCCGACUUACAUACUUCUACCAGGCAGCUUUUGAGAGACGCGGGAGUGAGCGAUUUCAGACACAUCAACAACGAUGACCUGCCUGCUGAAGACCUCGCUGCGAAAGGGCUUAACAAGAUUGCCAUCAAUACCCUCUACAGCAACGCUCAAAAAUACAAAAAGUGUUGCAUCCAAGAUAGAAAAGCAAAUCAAUCAGGCAGAUGA